CAGCACUCUGGGUGCUUCCCCUGACAAUGAAAGAUGAGAUUGCAGCCACAGUUGUCUUCAUCACAAGGCUGGUGAAAAGGGAAAACAAGCUGAGCAAACAUAAAAUGGAGAAAUUUGCAGCUAAGCUGACAACAAUAUUGUUUGAAAAAUACAAGAAUCACUGGUAUUUGGAAAAUCCAUCCAGAGGACAAGCUUUCAGGUGUAUAAGGAUAAACAGACACCAGACAAGAGAUCCUGUGCUGGAGCAGGCCUGUGUGGAGAGCAAUGUGGACUUCAACAAGCUGGGCUUGCCCAAAGAGAUGACCCUCUGGGUUGAUCCUUUUGAGGUGUGCUGCAGGUAUGGGGAGAAGAACAGACCCUUCACAGUUGCCUGCUUUGAAGGGGAGGAGAACCCAGAGCUUCCUCAGCAGAUCAGCUAUGCUGUUGACAGAGCAGCACUAGAUUAUCCUUCUGGCAUCUCUUCAGAUGAGGAGAGCUUCAGUAAGGAGCCAAAAGCUAUCCCUACAGUCAGCAAUCCCAACAGUGUCUACCAGUUCAGUGAUUACUCCAAGGCCCCCAUACAGCCCUGGUCUCAGUACCUCCAUAGGAAGACUUAUCUGACUGAUGGCUCCUACUGUGCCCAGCACAGAGCUUACAGACUCUACAGACCCACAGCUGCCUUCACAGGACCACGUCUUGAUAGGUACCACUGGGUCAAUACCAAGAGGUAG